GAAAUCAAGUUUGGAAGGAAAUGGGAUUAGGCUUGAAGUUUGUAUACCUUGGCAAAGUUCUGGAAUGGCCGAUACGAAAAGUAUGGAAACAUAGAGGCGCGACCGACGGUAUUUCGAGUUUUGCGCGGUGAGCGACGAGCCACGAACAAGGAUGUCGGAACGAAAGGCCGUGAUCAAGAACGCAGACAUGCAUGAAGACAUGCAGCAGGACGCAGUGGACUGCGCGUCGCAAGCGUUGGAGAAGUACAACAUCGAAAAGGACAUUGCGGCGUUCAUCAAGAAAGAGUUCGACAAGAAAUACAACCCGACGUGGCAUUGCAUCGUCGGUCGCAACUUUGGGUCGUACGUCACGCAUGAAACCAAGCACUUCAUCUACUUUUAUCUGGGGCAAGUCGCGAUCUUGCUGUUCAAGUCGGGAUAGGCGUUGACGUCGUUGCACGAGCCACCGCCGCUAUCUGUGAGAUCCCAUCCAAGACAGUGGAGUUGCCGUAAAGAUAAUCUAAACACAAGGAAUUGCGUGUGUACAAAUACAUCUCUCCCUCCUUUUCAAUCACGA